UCCCCCGCUGGCGGGGCCCGGACAGAAGAUGGUGCAGAAGAAAACAGCCGAACUUCAGGGCUUCCACCGUUCCUUCAAGGGGCAGAAUCCUUUCGAGCUGGCCUUCUCUCUAGACCCGGCCCACCACGGGGAGCCUGACUUCGUUCUGGAGUGCCCGGCCCGUCCUGAUAUGCCUGCAAGCCAGCCCAUCGACAUCCCCGACGCCAAGAAAAGGGGCAAGAAGAAGAAGAGGUGCCGGGCCACUGACAGCUUUUCGGGCAGGUUUGAAGACGUCUACCAGCUGCAGGAGGACGUGCUUGGGGAGGGUGCCCACGCCCGCGUGCAGACCUGCGUCAACCUCAUCACCAGCCAGGAGUAUGCCGUCAAGAUCAUUGAGAAGCAGCCGGGCCACAUUCGGAGUAGGGUUUUCCGGGAGGUGGAGAUGUUGUAUCAGUGCCAGGGACACAGGAACGUUCUAGAGCUGAUUGAGUUCUUUGAGGAAGACGACCGUUUCUACCUGGUGUUUGAGAAGAUGCGGGGCGGCUCCAUCCUGAGCCACAUACACAAGCGGCGGCACUUUAACGAACUGGAGGCCAGCGUGGUGGUGCAGGAUGUGGCCAGCGCCCUGGACUUUCUGCACAACAAAGGCAUCGCCCACAGGGACCUAAAGCCGGAAAACAUCCUCUGUGAGCACCCCAACCAGGUGUCCCCCGUGAAGAUCUGUGACUUUGAUCUGGGCAGUGGCAUCAAACUCAAUGGGGACUGUUCCCCCAUCUCCACCCCGGAGCUGCUCACCCCGUGCGGCUCCGCCGAGUACAUGGCCCCGGAGGUGGUGGAGGCCUUCAGCGAGGAGGCAAGCAUCUAUGACAAGCGCUGCGACCUCUGGAGCCUGGGCGUCAUCCUUUACAUCCUGCUCAGCGGCUACCCGCCGUUCGUGGGCCACUGCGGCAGCGACUGCGGCUGGGACCGCGGCGAGGCCUGCCCGGCCUGCCAGAACAUGCUGUUUGAGAGCAUCCAGGAGGGCAAGUAUGAGUUUCCGGAGAAGGACUGGGCUCACAUUUCCUUUGCUGCCAAAGACCUCAUCUCCAAGCUCCUCGUCCGUGACGCCAAGCAGAGGCUGAGUGCGGCCCAAGUCCUGCAGCACCCCUGGGUGCAGGGGUGCGCCCCGGAGAACACCCUGCCCACGCCCAUGGUCCUGCAGAGGAACAGCUGCGCCAAAGACCUCACGUCGUUCGCGGCCGAGGCCAUUGCCAUGAACCGGCAGCUGGCCCAGCGCGAGGAGGACGCGGCCGAGGAGGCGGGGCAGGAGCAGCCCGUGGUCAUCCGAGCUACCUCACGCUGCUUGCAGCUGUCCCCGCCCUCCCAGUCCAAGUUGGCCCAGCGGCGGCAGCGAGCCAGCCUGUCCGCGGCCCCCGUGGUCCUGGUGGGAGACCACGCGUGACCCUCUCCUUCCCUCUGUACAUAGGCCGCCCCUCUCCCCGUCAAGUCUAAAGAUUUUUUUAAGCUAUUGCCCGCGGGUGACCAGCGGGCUGCCCUCCCCC